AAAACGCAUAAUUUUUUUGUAAGCAAAUGUGCUUUGAUUUAAUGUGAGUCGCGUAAUUCCAAUACUAGUUUAGAAAUCAGCAUCAAUAUAUUAAACUUCAAUUAUUUUCUGUCUUAACGAGUAUGCGAAGUUCGAGACAGAGAGAAAUGAACUACCACAAUUUGAAUGCAGAUGAGUACAGCGAUCCUUUAUUACAGCCUUUUCAUCAAGAGUGGGCAUCACAAUUGUCAAGGGAAGAUGAUUCUCCACAAUAUAGAGAUAGUAAUUAUCAACAAUCUGAUGAUAGAGACGAUCGAGAAAGUAACAGAUAUCAGGAAGAUAGAAGACAUAAAGAGUCUAGAAGCCACAAUGUAGAUCGAAGUUAUAAAUCUCAUUCGAACGAAAGAAGAUCUGAGAACUAUUCUCAAAAAAAUCAUGACAGAUCUCCAAGAAAAUCCAAUCGCAGUUAUAGUCCUGAUGAAAGAGACAAAAGAAACCGUCGCCAUUCUAGAGACAGAUCUAGGAGAUAUUCAAGAUCUCACUCGCGAGAACGAUCUCGUAGAUAUACAAGAUCACGGUCUAGGUCAAGGUCUCUCUCUAGAUCUAGAUCACGCUCUAGAAGCAGAAGAUCAUACAAUAGAGACAGAUAUGAUGAUGAUAAGUCAAGAUAUGGUAGAAAAGACAGCCAAACCUCUCGAGAACCACCUUCAAAUACUAUAAUGUUGCGGGGGCUUGCCCAGCAUAUAACACAAGAGGAUAUUAUUGCUGAAGUUGAACAAUGCAAAAUUGAAACUAAACAAAUACGUCUAAUUCGGAAGAAAUUUACAGGUGCUUCAAGAGGUUUUGCUUUUGUCGAGUUUAACACCAUUGAAGAUGCUCAGCGCUGGAUGGAAAUGAAACAGGGGAGCAUUAUGUUUCAUGGCCAAUAUCGCGCAUUGAUGCAGUAUGCGGUUCCAAGAGAAUCAUCAGAAACUCAUGGAGAUAUGAAUGAUGAUAAUCCAGAAAAUAAUUUUUAUCCUCCAAGAUUUUUAGCUGAUUGGACAUGUACUAAGUGUGGAGGAAUUAACUUUAAGAGAAGGGAAAACUGUUUUAAAUGCUCGACUUCUAGACAAGAAUCAUCUUUGGGAAUAGAAGGAACAGAUGAAAUAAGUGACACUGUUACAACAAGAAUAAUUAUUCAAAAUUUGGAUGUACUCACAAAAGAAGAAGGUCUUAGAGCUGAAUUGGAAUCUAGAACACCAGGAUUGAUAUCUCUCAUUGUUAGUUUAAAAAUUCCUCGUGAUAGCACAACAUCAUUAUCUAGAGGUUUAGCAUAUUUAACUUUUAAUUGUGAAGAUGAUUGCAAAAUUGCUUAUGAUACAUUAAAUAAUUGUGAUCCACCAUUCGUUGUUGACAAUAAAUCAGUUAUUAUAUCAUAUUGCUUAGAAGAGGGUAUCAAGAAAUCAAACUCAAAUAAAGCCAUUCCCAAACCUUCACGGGGUACAUCAUUUACUAUAGCUGAUGUUCCAAAAUUAGCAGCGUACAGUGCAGAAUUAUAUGCAAAAAGUCCAGAACAAAAACAACAAUAUCUCAUGUAUUACACAAAUUAUUAUAUGCAACAAAUAGCACAGGGGAUAACAAUUUCAAUGCCGCAGACCCAAUCUGAUGAAACAAACUCAGCGGCUGCUGUUGCUCACCAAGCCAUUAUGAAAAUGCAAAAUAAAAACCGAAUAAACAAUGCUAUAGAUCAAGCUCAUGCAAUGGGUAUGAGUCAAAUACAAGUUCCUACGGGUACAGAUGACAAGGUUUAUGCGGUUCCAGAUAUCAGUUCAUAUUAUUAUGAUCAAAGUUCUGGUUACUACUAUGAUGUGUUAACAGGUUUAUAUUAUGAUCCCAAUACACAGUAUUACUAUAACAGUCAAAUUAAUAAAUUUUUAUAUUGGGAUAACACUAAACGAACAUACCUACUAGCACCGGAAGGUACUGAAAGUACAGUUGCUGCAGCUAGUUCACAGCAAAGUGCUGGCGAUCAAAAUAAAUCCAAAGGCAAUGACGAUUCUUCUUCUGAACCAAAGUCUAAAAGUGAUAAAGUUAAAGUUGCUAAAAGAAUAGCGAAAGAUAUGGAGAGAUGGGCAAAAACAUUAAAUCAGAAGAAAGAGAUCAGCAAACGAAAUAUAGAACCUACUCAGCCAACCCCUCAGCCUAUUGUUCAACCUAAAUCUGCAGUUGCUGAUAUUUGUUUCUCCAUGGUUGAAAAGUCAGAACGUUCAUUAGGGAAAUUCGAAAAUCCUCUUGCUAAAUAUUCUUCUACAAUUGUGAGUGAUACCACAGAUUCCCCUUUAGAAGCACAAAAACCACUCGUUCCUUCAAAGUUUACUAAAGACCCCCCUAUGGAUGUUCGGCCAAAUUCUGUUACAAAAGAGCAAGUUUAUAUAGAUUUUGAAAAACUAGCAUGUUUAAUUUGCAAAAGGCAAUUUGCAUCCCGAGAAAUCUUGAUCAAACAUACAAAAAUGUCAACAUUACACAAGCAGAAUUUACAACUACUGGGUAUUAAUACUUAA